CCUCCACUUCCUGUUAGGAGAGCGCAGUCAGCUGUCACAGUCUGAGAGGCGAGAAGAGGGACAACAGGCGAGGAGAAACACCACAAGGUUCAAAAUGUCCAGCUUUUCUACCAAGUUCAGCGGCUACACGAUGACUCAGCUUAAUGAAUUUCUCGAGGACGAUGAAAAACUCUCAGUAACGGUCCAGGAGCUGGACGAGAUGCAAGAGGUCCAGCAGAACAAGGAGAAGACUUUGGCCAACAACCGAACCCUUGCUGAACAAAACCUCACCCUGCAGCCCCAGCUGGAGCACAAGAAGGAGCAGCUCACCAAGAGCUACAUUUGUCUUCAGGAGAGCUUCGAAUCCUAUCAGCUUCGCAAGACCAAACUGGACCACAAGUCAGGAACCACCUCCCUGGACACUCUGUUGGCCCUACUUCAGGCAGAGGGGGCCAAAAUAGAAGAAGAGACAGAGAACAUGGCUGACUCUUUCCUGGAUGGUGAUAUGACCCUGGAUGCCUUCAUUGAUUCCUACCAGAACAAGAGGAAGCUGGCCCACUUGAGACGAGUGAAAAUCGAGAAGCUGCAGGAGAUGGUGCAGAAGGGCCAGCAUCUCCCCCAGGCAACUGUCCCCUCCUCCCGACAUCAGGAUGUGCCAGCUGUGUCCUCCCUCCUCACUGACAGCAACAACUCUUCUCCUGUUGCCCAGCCCAGAAGGAAACCUCCUGCUCCUCCAUCCCAGCCACCUCCUGUUUUAACUCCAGCUCCAACUGCAUCCUCACAGCCUCCUUUCUUCUGCCAGCCUUCACAAUACCCACCAAUUCCUCCCAGAACAGGGCAGCCCUUCCCCAGCGUCUCCUCUGGAUACCCCAGCCACUACCUCUCUCAGUACCCUCCUGCUCUGCCUCAAAGGCCCCCGCCUCGUAUGGCUCCGCAGCCUGGCUUUAUCAUUCAAUAAGUUCAAAUUAAAUUUAUUUUAAACAUUCUAGUGUUGGUCAAAGACGUUUAACAACUGGAGCUCCUCUGAGAACAAUGUUUCUAUGUUAUCUGCCUUGGAUUAUGCCCAAUAGCAACACGAAGAAAGCAGAUCUACAGAGGUGGGUCUGGUCGCGCUCGUCUGAGGCAGAUCUCCUACAACCUCUGGAUUCCUGCUCACCUCUCACUCGCGCCAGCACGCCCAUCAAAGUUCAACAAAAAUAAAAAGAAAUGUGGUGGGUCCAUGUUGGGCUUCUCUCUGCCAGUCCCUUCAGAGAAAAGGGAGCCACUGUAGGCUGCAGCGAGUGAAACAAACAUCAGCCUGUGAGUCUAUAAGCGGAGACCUAAUAAUUGGCACUUCCUGUCUCCAGUUUGCGCCCCCACCCUCCUUCAAACAUGUUCCUUUUAUGGAACACUAAAUUUCUUCACAAAAGGGUUUCAUAAUCACUCCAUCACAGCAUGCUAAUUUACUUGUAUAUGCAAGCCAGGAGAGACCCAGAGUACUGUGCAGUUUUCAUUAAAAUAUCUUUUUCCAGAAUAUAUUCAGGCAAAAACUGCAUCUAUGCUGUGAUUUUUCUUUCUUUUUUUUUUUCUUUCUCAAAAAAAAAAAAAAAAUUACAAGGUACAUAGGAAUAUUCGAAUUUGAGCAUCAUCUAUAGGUUUAAGACUAAUGGAGUAAUGUUAAUAAUAGCCAGGAUAUACUGAUUAAUAUGUGUAAGGAGAGAUUAGGUCUGUGUUUCUUCAGUAUGCAGAUGGCUCUAGUGGGAGCCUGGCCCUGCCUGGUCCUUUUCUGAGGAUGGGGCUAAAAGGGAGCUGAGGGGAUCAGCAGCUGAACCUCAGUUGAAGUGAAGGACUUCUGAAAAGCCAUACAGUACACUCCAGGUGUGUGUUGUACCUUAUGGGCUCCUGUUGUACUGCAACACUCCUUUUAUGAUGUCUGUUUUUGUUUUAAUACUCUCAGUAGGAACCUUUUUGGGGAAACAAUGCCAACAGUUCUUUGGAUGACAUACAUGCUGUAUGGUUCUGUUCAGCUGUAUUCAACACUGAGCACCAAAGACUUCCCACAAUACAGUCUGUAUUUGUUUUGCUCUAUUUUGUUUUUGUAAGUGAAGCCUUUAGUGCAGUUUUCUUCCAUUGUUCCCAGCAUUUCUGUUUGUGAUGCUUUAACACUCUUUUUGUAAACAUGCAAGAGCCAGAAGACCUUAAGAAGAGCAACCUGGCUUUAGGAGGAAAUCAUCUUCUUGGUGCGAUUAUUGUUAUUUUUCCCUACCAACCCGACUGCUGUUCGCUGUGCACUGUUGAAGAGCCACGAGUGCCUACACUUGAAAGUGACAUUGUGCUGAUGACUUUAUGUAUCUAUGCUCAGCUGUAAAUGUUAGAACCAUCCUCCUUCCCCACUGUUUAGAUUAUCGUUGGGUCCCCCCCCCCACUACUAUAUCUUCAUUUUAUUUUCGCUUCCAGUACAUUUAAAGAUUGGGGUUGUUUAUGAGUCCAAGAAACUCCCCGAGUAGCAGAAAACGAUGCUAAAACGGAUAGUUACAGAUUUUUUUUAAGUGAGUUCUUUUGUUUAAAGGUUAUAAGCAGCUUCGAAAAUCGAGAUAUAACAGUGGGUUAAGUGAACUCUAUUUUAUUAAAUACUACACUGUCUUUUCUGUUGGGUAGUUAAUGACUGGAUAAGCUGUUUGAUUUACACACAAAGAAGAUGCAAAGCAUGUUGUCUGCUGCUGGUAAGAGAACUCCUUGCCAUCAGAACCUCACUUCAAAAAUACCUAACUAUUCCUUUAAAUCAUGCCAAAAAGACAAGAAACAGCCCCCCACCCCCAGGCUAUGUGCCUAGCGGUGCUAGUACUUGUCUUCCAUUGUGUGGGCUGAAUUUAUUUGCAUGUGAUCUUUCUUUGAUUUAACUUUUAUUGAUAAAAUAACAGGCCUCUAAUUUGAUUUUCUUCACAUCAUAGAAAUUGAAACAUGGAAUUAGGUGAGAUUAAAAGGAAAUUUGAGAACAAAGCAAGAUAUAAAUCAAUCUUUUUCUGCAUGGACUUUCCUGUUUUAGUUGGAAGACUUCUUUUUGAAUACUUGCUGCUUUUUCUUUGAACUGAUCUGUUGCAUCAGUGGGUUGGUUUUAAAUGUGGUUGGUGGUAAUUUCAGUGUAAUGUAGGUAUUUACUUUUAAUGAAUGUUUAAGUGGAAUUUAAUGCUAUUUUCAAGUUCAAUAAAACAUACAUUUUUUUAUGUCAUA